AUGUCUCCUUCCGCUACUGUCGAGUCCACUGGGGCUGAUGAGACUGUCCUCGCCCUGCGCAAGGUGCUGACCAACGAGUCCGAGCCUCUCGCUCGCCGCUUCCGUGCCCUCUUCUCGCUGAAGCAUCUGGCCUGCCUGGACCCUGCCACCGAACAAACUCUCCCUGCUAUUCAAGCAAUCGCCGCCGCAUUUGGAUCCAACUCUGCUCUUCUUAAGCAUGAGCUUGCCUACUGUCUGGGCCAGACCCGCAACCGUGAUUCCGUGCCCUAUCUGCAGCAGGUUGUCAAAGAUGUCGAGGAGGAUUCCAUGUGUCGCCACGAGGCUGCUGAGGCUCUGGGUGCGCUGGGAUAUGCUGAGAGUCUAGAGAUCUUGAAGAGACUGCGCGAUGACGAAAAUGAAGUUGAUAUUGUACGGGAGACAUGCGAUAUUGCUGUCGAUCGGAUUGUGUGGGAGAACUCCGAGCAGAGGAAGGCUGAGAAGUUAAAGCCUAGCGAUUUCACAUCCAUCGACCCAGCUCCACCAAUGCCGCUGAAGGCCAGCGAGCCCUCUAUUCCCGAUCUGGAGCAGACCCUGCUUGACACCAAGCUUCCUCUUUUCCAAAGAUAUCGCGCUAUGUUCGGCUUGCGCGAUCUUGCGUCCCCUCCUGAUCUUCCUACGGCGGUGGAUGCUGUGAAGUCACUCGCAAAGGGGUUGAAAGAUCCAUCUGCUCUCUUCCGCCAUGAGGUUGCCUUCGUGUUUGGCCAGCUCUGCCAUCCCGCCUCAGUCCCGUAUCUCACAGAGUGUCUUGGCGACCUGAAGGAGGUUGGAAUGGUCCGCCACGAGGCGGCUGAGGCUCUUGGCAGCCUUGGUGAUGAGGAGGGUGUUGAGGACACAUUGAGGGGUUUCCUCAAUGAUCCUGAACAGGUUGUGCGGGACAGCGUCAUCGUCGCCCUCGAUAUGGCGGAAUUCGAAAAGAACGGUGAGAUGGAAUAUGCGCUCAUCCCCGAUAGGGCAGCCGCGGCCGCCUCGGCGUGA